AUGCAACAAAAACUCGUUUUCCUUUCUUGUGUCGCCGCUGCCCUCGCCGCCUCCAACACUCCUGACGUCCUUGGCGCCGCCGAGACCUCUUACACCGGCACCUUGGCCCUGGCCUACUACUCGGCUCUUAACUCGUUCUACGGUCAGCCUUCUGUCGCUGCUGCCUUGUCUGCCGCCGAGACCAUUGCCUCUGAGAACACCGAGGCUUACAACUCGUGGAUUGCCUCGUUCUACGGCACCUACAACGCCCAGCUCCAGAGCAUUGCCUCUGAGCACGCUGACGUCUUCACCCAGAACGGUCUUGAAACCGGCGCUGUCUCUGUCCCAACCGACAACGACGCUGCCCUUUCCGGCUUGUUGGGUUCUGCCACCGCUGGCGGCUCGGCCUCUAACGCUGUGUCCAGCAUUGCAUCUGCCGGCCUGAAGGCCACUGACUCUGCUUCUGGCUCCGGCUCUGGCUCUGCUUCUGGUUCUGGUGCUGCUUCUGGUUCCGGCUCUGGUUCUGGUUCCGGCUCCGGCUCUGCCUCCAAGACCUCCGGCUCUGGCUCUGCCUCCGGUUCUGGUUCUGGCUCCGGCUCCGGCUCUGCUUCCAAGACCUCUGGUUCCGGUUCCGCUUCUGGCUCUGGUUCUGCCUCGGGCUCUGGCUCCAACUCGGCCUCCAACUCUGGCUCCAACUCUGGCUCGAGCUCUUCUACUGACAAUGCCGGUGCCCGUUCCGGCUCCUACAUGGCCGCUGGCGGUGUUGCUGGUGUCGUUGCCCUUGCCUUGUUGUAA